UUGAUCUGCAUAUGGACUCGAGAAAAAAAAUAAAGAGUGUUUUUUUCCUCUGUGUUUUCAUUGCCUCCUUACACCAAUGUUUUGCACAAAUUGCAGAAGCAAAUGGGUCGAGAGGAGUUGUCCAAGUGGGUGUGGUUUUGGCUAUGGAUUCAUUGGUUGGGAGAGUGAGCAAUAUGUGCAUAAGCAUGGCUAUUGAAGAUUUCUAUAGGGAGCACCACAACUUCAACACUAGACUACAUCUCUCUAGGAGAGAUUCUGGUAGAGACGUUGUGCAGGCAGCUUCAGCUGCUUUGGACCUCAUCAACAAUGUAGAGGUGCAAGCGAUAAUUGGGCCUCAAACAUCAACAGAAGCACAAUUUUUAUCAAAUGUUGCCAACAAAUCCCAAAUCCCCAUUAUGUCCUUCUCUGCAACCUCUCCUUCUCUCUCCACAACCCACACCCCUUAUUUCAUUAGAGCAACACUCAGUGACUCAAUCCAAGCCAAACCCAUUGCCUCUCUCAUCAAAUUCUUCAAAUGGAGACAAGCCAUUGCCAUAUGCGAAGACACCGAUUACGGAGCCGGCUUCGUACCAUACUUAAAUGAUGCUCUCAUAGAUAUUGGCUCUCACCUUCACCUUGGAGGCCUUAUCCCCUCUUAUGCAAGUGAUGAACUGAUAAAAAAGGAGCUCCACAAAGUCAUGACCAUGCAAACUAGGGUUUUUAUAGUCCACAUGUCGUCGCCUCUCGCCUCGCGCUUCUUUCGACAUGCUAAACAGCUCGGCAUGAUGAGCAGAGACUAUGCUUGGAUCAUAACAGAUGGGCUUGCAAGCUUGUUGAAUUCUAUGGAUCCUUGGAUCAUAGACUCAAUGCAAGGGGUUUUAGGAGUGAGAGCGUACAUUGAAGAGACUAAGCGUUUGGAUAACUUCUCAUAUAGAUAUAAGAGAUAUUAUAGGAAAGAGUACCCAAAUGAAAUUGAGAUCCCUCAUGUCAAUGCAUUUUGUUUAAGAGCCUAUGAUGCAACUAGGGUUUUGGCUUUGGCAAUGGAGAAAUCCGGCGUCGAGAAUGUCGGCUCCCGGCAACCUAUCACAGGACAAACGGCUGGGAAUUUGACUGGGAUUUCGUCGACGGGCCCGCGGCUAUUAAGUGCCCUAUUAGACAUCAAACUCAAGGGCUUAAAUGGCAAUCUCCUGUUUGUCAAUGGUGAAAUACAAGGCUCAUCUUUUGAAAUAGUGAACGUUGUGGGCAAAAGUGUGAGAGAAAUUGGGUUUUGGUCGUUGGAAACAGGAAUUUCAAGGGAGAUUAACAGGAAAAAGAUCGAUAAGAUGGUUGAUGAUGUGGCAAAUUUGGGGCUGGUGAUCUGGCCCGGGGAAUCGACAGUGAUCCCCAGUGGUUGGGUGGUCACCACUAAUGGGAGCAAGAUGAAGAUUGGGGUUCCAGUUACAGAGGGGUUUCGUGAGUUUUUGAAGGUGGAAUGGGGGCCGUUGGAUGGGAGAUCGAGGGCUAUGGGGUUUUCAGUUGAUGUGUUUGAUGCGGUUGUGAGGGCGUUGCCCUACAGACUGGAGUACGAGUACGUUCCUUUUGCUGACAAUCAAAGGAAGACAGCCGGCACUUACAAUGACUUGGUUUACCAGGUAUUUCUUGGGAAAUAUGAUGCUGUCGUGGGUGAUGUGGCGAUCAUCGCAAAUCGAUCGAAUUAUGUCGAUUUCACGCCACCCUACACAGAGCCCGGUGUGUCGAUGAUCGUGCCAAUGAGGAAGAAGAGGGGAAGCAACGCACUGGCAUUCUUGAAGCCACUGACAUGGGAGCUAUGGGUGACUGCUUCAUGUUUCUUGUUUUUCAUGGCGUUUGUGGUCUGGUUUCUAGAGCACCGGAUGAAUGAGGAUUUUCGAGGUCCUCUGAGUGAACAAGUAGGCAGAGCUCUGUAUUUCUCCUUCUCAACGCUCAUCUUUUCGCAGAGAGAUAAAAUAACUAGCAAUUUGACACGAUUCGUGGUGAUCCUAUGGCUCUUUAUGGUUCUCAUAUUAACCAGCAGUUACACUGCAAACUUGGCCUCAAUUCUCACUGUUGAGCAAUUACAACCCACUGUUACAGACAUACAAACUCUGAUAAAAAAUGAAGACAAUGUGGGAUACCAAGGUAAUUCUUUUGUUGAGGAUCUCUUGAAGGAGAUGGGCAUUGCUCGGUCAAAGCUUCAGGCACUUCACACGGUUGAUGAAUAUGCUAAGGCAUUGUUGAAGGGAAGCUCUCAUGGGGGGGUAGCUGCAAUCUUUGAUGAGAUUCCAUAUAUCAAGUGCUUUCUCUCGAACCACCCCAACAAUUUCAUGAUGGCUGGGCUGACUUACAAGACCGGAGGCUUUGGCUUUGUCUUUCCAAAAAACUCCCCACUACUUUCCGACAUUUCCUCUGCUGUCCUCAAAGUAACAGAAGGAGACACAAUGGCCUCACUAGAGAGCAAAUGGUUUCGCAAACAAAAUACGAGUUCAAGCUGGUCAAGUUCCGACUCCUCCAAGGGUUUGAGCCUAGAUAGCUUUUGGGGCCUCUUCCUCAUCGUUGGAACCGCUUCUGUUGGGGCCCUAAUCGUUUUCUUCGUUGGCCUUUGCAAUGAGCACUGGAAUAGAAUUGUAAGUGAAACGACACCGGUGAACAGAGGCUUUUGGCAGAGAAUCAUUCACAUGGCUAAACAUUAUGAUGAGAUGGACCUUUCUUCACAUACUUUCAAGAGAAAACAAUGGAAAGAGGGAAGAAUAGAGAACAACAAAAAAGUUAAUCGUGCCCCCAACAGUUUCAGAGUGCCCGUUGAGCUUCCAUGUUAAUGCUGAAGGACUCUACAGUGAAGAUGGUUCACCACCUUGUUUCACCUCAGUCUUAGCCAAUAGUCGUAGUGAUGGUGAUGGCGAUGAUGGACCCAUAGAAGAAAGGCACCUCCAACUCCAUGAUGCUUAAUAUGUGUCAAGUUCAUUUUUUGGCUUAAGGUUAAAACAUGGGUUCUCGAUGAAAGAGUUUCUACUAGGAAUAUGGUACCACACUUUGUGGACUUAUGAAGAUACCCACAAAAGGAGCAUUUCUGAAGUGAAAUGCACAAUCCAUACUUUUAUCUCUUACCAAGUUUCUUGCAAAUUUUAUACCUUCUCCCCAUAAUGUUUGAUUGACUUUGUGCUACAAGAAUAUGCAUUAUAGAAUUUGUA